CAAAGGCUGCAGCUGCACUUACUGGAUACAGAAUGGGCAAACUGCAAAGUAGGGCUUCUGCUGUCAACAGUACCAGCGGUGAACAAUAGUCUGUAUCCUCUGAGCCCAGUCCUCCCUGCACACUUUCCACCUGUGCCUGACCCACUGCCGCUGUUGGCUGGAUGGGAAUAGAAUAGAUCUUGCUGCUCUUCUCACAAAGACAAUCCCAGGAGCUAACAUGCAGUACUUUUUCCUUCUUCUUCUGUUGAUGGAGGUGUAUGCCAAGUCCAACAGCAGCCCAUGUGAGACAGGCUGUGAAUGUCGUGGGGAGGUCAAGAUGACGAUCUGUGUCCGAGCCUUCUUCACCCAACUGCCUAGCAGCAUCCCCCCUUCAACGGAGCUCUUGGACCUGUCUGAAAACCAGCUGACUUUCAUCCCGGAAAAGUCCCUUCAAAUGGUCCGCAAACUUCGGGUGCUGCUCCUCCAUGACAACAACAUCAGCGCCGUGGCUGACGGUGCCUUCUCCCAGCUGGAGUUCCUCCAGAAGUUGGACCUCAGCAGGAACAGGAUCUGCUCCCUUGGCGAGAGCUUCUCCCUGGGCUUAGGGGCUCUGAGGGAGCUGCUGCUCUCAGAGAACCAGCUGAGGAGCUUGGACAGCAACACCUUCAUGCACCUGGACGGCCUGCAGAGGCUCAAUCUGACGGACAAUGCCAUCCAUUCCAUCCAGAUGAGAUCUUUUGGCGCCAUGAGCACCUUACGCCAGCUCCAUCUGGAGGGAAACAAGAUCAGCUCGCUCAACAACGGGAUCUUCUCCAUGCUCCGUUCCUUGGAGGUGCUCAACCUGCAGGGGAACCGCAUCAGCCGGACAGAAGAAGGGGUCUUCAAGCCCCUCACCAACAUAGCACUGCUAAAUCUAGCCCAUAAUCACCUGAGCACCGUUUAUUUUAAAACGUUCCUGAGCAUCCACAGCUACAGCACCCAUAUCCUUCUGGAUGGGAACCCUUGGAACUGUGACUGUGACCUGCAGAGAGAGUUUAGAAAGCUGAAGAGUGUCCAGAGGCUCUUCCUGGACGACUACCACAACCUGAGCUGCAGCGCUCCUCCUGAACUGGAAAAAUACCAUCUGAUGGAUGUGGACACUGAGCUGUGUAUAGCUGAGACAGUCACAGUGCUAAUCAUUACCGUCACCGUGGUGACAACGGUGCUGGGUGCCAUGGUGAUGGCAGAGAGGAAGAGAAAGAAAAAGAAAAAUAGUAAACACUGGACACAGCAGGGAGACAUGUCAGAUGAGUCUGAGAAUUAA